UAUUAACGAAGUAUAUAGGGCACACAUUGUUAUCUCAAUGUGUUUGUUAAACAGUUCGUUUCAAUUACUGGCUGACUGUAACUGUACAAUAAUAUUAGGGAUAUUAAAUGAGUAACUUAAUAUGUGCAAUCUGCAUUGGAUAUAGUAUAGUUAAGUGAUUUUGCAUUCAUUGUUGGAUUAAAUAGAACAUUGAAGUAUCAGUUUCGAAUUUUAAAUAGAAGCGAGAACAACUUUGUCCCAGUUUUAUGCGCGGAUCGAUAAUUAUACUUCGCUUUAACAUAACGACCUUCAAAAGCAUAUUUGACUUUGCAAACACUUUAAGUGGUUGCACGUUUGUUGACGAGAUGAUAUGAGAUAAAAUAACACAUAACAAGGUUUUGGUUAUGAGAAGACUAUGAGAAACAUGGGUCAUGUGAUUGAUUUAAUAUUAUGUGCGUAGUUUGCAAUAUACUGUGCACUGUAGUGCAUUGAUAUUGAAUGUGGAUCAUCACCACAUGAAUCACGGAAUUAAAUGGAUUAAGACUCACGUUUCGCUUUCCAUUGAUUAAAGUGCAGCGUGUUUCUAAGUGGUUACGCAAUUUGAAAAAUACGUAUAAGUUUGAUUGCACUACUACGUGUUUAAAUCUCUUAUUGGUUACUUCAACAAUGGAGUAUGUUUCAUUGAUAACUAAACGCGGCAACGUUAUGCAUUCGUUUCAAAGACUUAACAAUGAAUAUUUAAUAAAGUAGGUCAAACAAGUUGUAUCUGCCUUAAACGUUGUGAUUUAACGCACGACUAGAUAACAUAUAUCAAAUAACAGUGUAAACGCUUGAAUACGUGUUUAUUAAUAAGUAAAGAUGUUUACACACGGCAAGGCCACGGAAUUAACAAGGCGCGUCAUUAAUAAAAACAUCAAACCGGAGAAAAGAAGCAUCAAAAGUACGUUAAUAAGGACAAACCAAAUAAGAAAACAACCGGAACAUUCACUUGAUACUGAUAUCAAAGAUGACGACUCUAGUGUAAUCCUUGUACAAUUUGCGGUAAACCGCUGCGAUGGUAUAUACAUAACAGGUGUUAUAAAGACUCUCUUGGAAUUAUUUCCAGAUUGUUUAAUGUACUUUCGAAACAAUGAAACAUUGGAAGUGUUCUUGUUACCAGAAAUACCUACACUAGUAAAAACGAUGAAAUACAGAGGAAGUUUCGAAGAGAAAACGUAUGAUGAAUGCAUACCAAGUUCGGAGUUCAUUGUAUGGGAAUGUAACAAAGACGCGUUUUUAAUAGUUAUGAAAUCAAGUAACAACGAAUUCUUGUUCACUGAUCUGUUACAAAACAAUUUGCUUUACAGCAACAGAAAGGUGCGGUACGAGAAACUUAUCAAACUGUUUGUUAGGAGAAUACUGAAUGCUCCAGUCAUAUCGUUGCAAAAAUACACCAUUUGUCCACUUGAUAAAUAUCAAUACGCAUUAUCAAGUUCUUUAAAUUCAACGUAUGGAUUAUUAGCUACACAGAACGCGGAACUGGCUCCAUCUGGCGCAAUGUUUACUAACACAAAACACGGGGCUAUCAGCGCCCAUUCAAGGUCUGUUCAUGCCUCAGACAAUGCAUCAACACCUUUUCAAAACGCAGUAGAGAAAUCCACACAAAGGUGCAGUAGUGCUGAGGAUGUAAUGGUACAAGGAGUAAUUUCAUCCCAAAACUUCGUCACUAAUAACAUUUCUAGUUUGGCUUCAGCUGUUCCUAUUAAUGAGACAUCUUACUCAUUGACGCCUAUAUUAACAGGCCAGACACCAUUCAAACGUCGCAAAAAUUUGCCGCGAUAUCCUCGCUAUGUUACAGAAUCAUCCAGACAUCAGUCAUAUUUCAACUGGUUUCAUGUAAUCCCGACUGAAAAAGAAUGUGUUAUUGCUGGAUUCUUUUAUACAGGUGAAUUCGAUCUAAUCAGAUGUUUCCAAUGCGGCAUUGGUCUUAAGGAUUUCAGUCCCGCAGACGAUCCAAUGGCAGAGCACAUACGGAAUUCCGAAUCAUGUCUUUACUUGGAAGCUAUGUUUGGUCUCGAAGGAUUGACUAAACUACGGAAAGAACUGGAUCAAUCCAACCCAGAGAACACUCGUCAAAGACAGUAUACGGAUUUUCAAAGGAACCUUGGAGCAACAUCAAGCCAUCAUACUUCCAGAAGUCUUCAAUAUUCGACAAUCGAGUCUCGCAUUUUAAGUUACGAGAGUGAUAAGUUUCGAAGCAAAAAAAGUCCAGAAGAGUUAGCUGAAGCAGGAUUGUUCUACACAGGUGUGCGAGACGAGGUUCGAUGUUUUUCGUGUAACGGAGGUUUAAGCAACUGGGAGAAACAUGAUGACCCGUGGAUAGAGCAUUGCAAGUGGUUUCCCGCAUGUGCAUUUGCAAGAGAAACAAAAGGAGAUGCAUUCAUUGAACAAGUGCAACACAGUGCGAACGCGCCGACAACUAUGUUGAAUGACGCAACUAACCUUUCGGCAGAAGUUCAUCACUAUAACGACCUUGAUCUUGAUAUGGAUCUUGUGACGAUGAAGACCAUAUGCAUGGACGAAAUGGAAUUCACUGCGGAGAUCUUUGACGAAGCAGUUUAUCACUUACAGCUUGAUGCUAAUCACCAUCCAAAUAUUGAGGACAUCAUUAACCGUAUUGACAAGAUUAAAAAGGAUACAGCUGUUCAAUAUACAUCAGCUAAGAAAUCAGAAUCGUUAUACGAAGAAAGCCAACGUUUGAAGAGUAUUGUGAAAUGCUCAAAAUGCAAAAUCAACGAUUCGAACGCGCUGUUCCUGCCUUGCGCCCAUCACGUAAUGUGUAUCGCCUGUGCGCAUGACACGAAGAGGUGUCCGGUCUGUAACAGAGGUAUCAGUGAUUUUGUCAGGACUUUUAUGGGAUAGAAUCCAUUUGAAGUAAAAUGAAAUGAAACUAAACCAAAACCUAAAAAGAUCAAAUGGAGACACAUACACAGACAAUUGCUAAAGAAUGCGUUCGCAGCAGGUCGCUCUUUGGACAUUGUGUAGGUAUUUCGAAAAAUAUUCAAAAUUCCACACGUGUAAAAAUUUGCUUUUAGAGUACAUUUACCAUGACAACGCUAAUAAAUUAAUCUCGCAAGUUAUAAUGUUUCAUCUUUGAAACGUCCGAUUAUAUACUCAAAACAAAACACUAUUUAUCAUGUACUGGUGAUCAAUCCAUUUUUACAGAAACUAUCUUUUAAAACGUAGUCUAAUUCACAAAGUGAGAUAAUUACGUGCAUAUUGAUACAAAUUUCUAUACACAACACCAUACUAUUAUGAACACAUUUUAGUAGAUAUGUGUGAGAACAAUGAAGCACUGUUCCACUGACGCAAAUAACCAGUUUUCAAGACAUUUGGACUAAAUGUUUUCGCCUGUUUCAACAAUGCACAUCAUUUUCUAAUUAUGUUAAUGGGGUUCUUAUUUUUACCAGAACUGCAGAGUAGUUCUUAAGCUAAUCUUACCCAGGGCAAUGCAUAUACGAAGUGAGUAGAUUAAUUAUAUAAAGAAGCUCACUUAUUAGUAAGUGUAAUUUAUUAUUUACCUUUUAAAUUUUUUGUGUGCAGUUUUUCACUAUACAUACACAUAAAACAUUGCUUACGUUCAUGAUUUAUAAUUACUGUUGGAAACACAAUAGAUUGUAAGUUUAAAAAUUGCAAAAUAAGCAACUGAUAUAAUAAUACCGUAAAUUUAUUAUUUUAUAUUGAUGCCCUGCGUCUUUGUUCAAACUAAGCGUAAGUUAUGUUAUGGGUGAAAUAAAAUAACACAUCUCGUCUA